AUAACACCAAUGAAGCAUGGUGUUUAUCAUGCGACCCUGACUUAGAAACAACAAGGUGGACAAGUAGAAAUAAGGAUAUUGAUGAUUGUAUAAAGAAGUUCCAGCUUAGAACCUGGGCAUACGAUAAA